AUGAUAAUAGUGAAGAAGGAUUUUGCAUACAAAGUGAAGUAUUAUGCCCACAGGAAGCUCCAUGGGUCUAUGAGGGAUCAUUAUGGGAAGUUGGGGAGAUAUCUUGAAGCACUGAAGAAGGCUUUCCCAAAUAUUGAUGUGGAUUUGGAAGUGGAUUUGGAAAGUUUCAAGCACAACAACAAGGGCCCCUUAGUGUUCAAAAGACUGUAUCUUUGCUUUGAUGGUCUAAGAAAAGGAUGGAUGCAAGGCUGUAAGAAGAUCAUCUGUGUGGAUGCAUGCUUCCUAAAGACCUUUCUUGGGGGCCAACUGAUGUCUGCAGUGGGGAGGGAUGGAAAUUACCAAAUGUACCCUAUUGCAUGGGCAGUGGUACAAGGAGAAAACAAUGAUUCAUGGGAGUGGUUUCUUACACAUUUGCAAAAAAGCAUAAGUCUUGCUGAUAGAGCUGGAUGUGUAAUUGUAUUAGAUGAACAUCAGUCAAUUAUAAGGGGUGUGUCAGAGGUACUCCCAAGAGCUGAACAUAGGUACUGUGCUAGGCACAUAUUUACCAUGUGGCACAAGAAUUUCAAGGGGGAUGCGUACAAGCUGAUGUUUAGAAGUUGUGCAAAGUCAUAUAGUGAGGCAGACUACAAUGAAGCCUUGGAGAAGUUGAGAAAAGCAGACCCACUUGCUGCUGAAGCUCUGAAGUCAUACAACCCAUCUCUUUUCUGUAGAGAAUUCAUGAAGACAGAAAUGAAGGGAAAAACACUUGAUUUAUAUGUUGGAGACAUUAGGGCAGCCCUGAUGAAGAGGCUAGUUACAAAGGGAGUUGAAAUGAUGAAAUGGAAGACUGAUGUGUGCCCUAGGAUAGCAAAGAAGUUGUUGAUAGAGAAAGAAGAAGCUGCAAUGUGUGAUGUAAUCCCAUCUACUGCUACUGUGUUUCAAGUAAAUUAUCGUUUGGACACACUGAAAGUUGAUCUCAGUGCAAGGACUUGCACUUGUAGAAAGUGGGAUAUGACUGGGGUUCCUUGCUGUCAUAUGACUGUUCGUCGUGUGGGGAGGAUUGAGAUUCCUCCUCAAUCUGUCCGCUACCCAGGGCCGAUUGGUAUUACCGAGGACCAUAUUGCUAACGCGCCAGAGGGUUUCAGACAGGCGCAAGAGUCUCUGCCUGAGAUUUUUGAGCCGACAGGCUUAGAUUCAUUCUUCUCCAUUCCAAAAAGAAGGUUAAUGCCUAGAUCAUCAGAGCUUGGGCUAUCUGGUUUCUCAGUUGUGAAGAGCUCUUCGCCUUCAUCGACAAAGUCACAAUCAAGAAACAUCUUGAACCCUGGUUCACGCUUCCCAUCGUGGACGAAAGGCUCAGGGAAUUCAUAG